UCUCAUUCCCCAUCAUCACAUACACUAAAGCAACAUAUCAUAUUUCAGUUUUCUUUUCCCAUUUUCUGCUCUUCUUUCAAUCACUCUUCCAUAUUACAAAUGGCCACCGUUGAGGUCCCACAAACAGUACCCAAAACCGUUUCAACUGAAGAGGAAGUGAUCGCCGCCACCCCAGAGAAGAAAUUAGAGGAGGAGGCUGCGGUGGAGGCACCAGCCUCCGACGCGGCGGAGGUAACUGAAGAAGCUGCAGCUCCGGCGGAGGAGCCAGCUGUUGAAGCCGAGCCUGAGAAAGUUGUCACCGAGGAACCGGCUGCAGAAGCCGUGCCCCAGGAAGUUGCAGCUGAAGAGACUGCGCCAGCUGAGGUGGAAAAAGAAGAGGUCGUUGUUCUUGCAGAGAAGGAGCCAGAGGCGGCGGCGCCGCCUGCUGUGGAGGAGACUCUAGAAGCCGCCCCCGCCGCGGAGGAGGAGGAGCCAGCAGCGGUGGAGCCAGAGGUAGAAGUGGAACCCGUCGCCGAAGAAGAAACUGCCCCUGCUGCAGAAGCCGAAGCCGAAGCCGAAGCCGAAGCUGAAGAUGAAGCCGCGGAGGAAGCUUCGGUUAAAAAAACUGAGGAGUGAAGAAGGCAAAGUAUAAAAGCAGUACUAUUUGGAUCCGUUUUUACGCUGGACGCGAGCAAUUAAAUUAUGGUGGUUAAGUUUAUUAUUUAUUUAUUUUUCUCUAUUUAAUUACUAGUUUAUUUAUUUACUGGUAUUCAAUUAUAAUAUUAUAAUAAUAAUAUAAGUGUUCUGUCUGCAUGAACGCUCUAUUACAGUGGCAUAGAGCGAUUCAAGCAAGGUGUUGCCUUUUCUUUUUUUCUUUGAUAUGGAAUUUCUAUCCCAUAUGGUUAAACUGGUUUUCUGCUUUGCUUUUGAUGGUGUUUGAUCCCUCAGAUUUUGAAUAAAUAUAAUAUUAAAUAAAUCAUAAUGGUUUUAUUU